AUGGGCCACAUCAAGCACAUCACGAUUCAGGGCUUCAAGACGUACAAGAACCAGGUCAAGACCGAGUCAUUCUCGCCCAAGAGCAAUGUCAUUGUCGGUCGCAAUGGCGCCGGCAAGACCAACUUCUUCUCGGCAGUACGCUUCGUGCUGGGCGACGAUUAUGAGAACAUGAGCAAGGAGGAGCGCCAGGCGCUGCUGCACGCGCAGGAAGGAUCUGGCGCCCCCGUGCAGUCGGCCUACGUUGAGGUCGUCUUUGAUAACAGCGACGGCCGCUUCCAUAACAGCAAGGACGAGUUCACCCUCCGGCGUACCAUCGGCUUGAAGAAGGACGAGUUCUCCAUGGACCGCAAGAACGCGACUCGCCGCGAGGUUAACGAGAUGCUCGAAGCUGCCGGCUUGUCGCGAUCGAACCCCUUCUACAUUGUGCCCCAAGGCCGCGUGGCUACACUCACAAACAUGAAGGACGAGGAGCGGCUGAACAUGCUCAAGGAGAUCUCGGGUUCCAGCGUGUACGAGAAGCGCCGCGCCGACAGUCUGAAACUGAUGAACGACACGGACAGGUCGUGCGAACGCAUUGACGGCCUCGUCGACGACAUUAACACCCGCCUGCAGGAGCUCGAGGGCGAGAAGUCGGAACUCGAGGCCUACAACAAGAACGACCGCGAGCGCCGUGCCAUUUUGCAUACCCUGAACACACGCAUCGAGGAGCGUCUAGAGGCCGAUCUCAAUCGAAUAGAGGCCCGGAGACACAAUGGCGCUGCGGAUGUUGACAGCCAAAAGGCUGUGUUUGUGCAAAAUGAGCUGGAGAUGGACCAGAUUACUGAUAAGACCACGGAGCUACAAAGUGAAAUCGACUUGUUGACAGCCGAGCGAACCCGCCUAGAGGACGACCGACGGAAAGCUUCGCGGCAAAAAGCUGCCAUCGAGCUUGAGCUUAACGAUCUCACCGACGGCCAAUCGGCUGCAAAGCAGACUCAGAAACAACGCGAUAGGGAGCUGGAGCAGGUGCGGCAAGACAUCACCGCCCGCGAGAAUGAGCUCUCGGAGCUGCUGCCCGAGUAUACUACGAAGAAGGAAGAGGAGGAUAACGUCAAUUCCCAACUCGCCGAAGCCAGGGGACAGCAGAAGCGCCUCUUUGAUAAACAGGGUCGAGGUGCUUCAUACACCAGCAAGAGGCAACGCGACGAUGCACUUCGGACAGAAAUCGACGGCAUUACGAUGCAAUUAGCGACUAGAAAGUCUGUGCAGAUGCAGACUGACGACGACAUAAAGGAGCUUCGAGUAGACAUUGAAACUCUGGAGACGGAAAUCUCCGAUCUAGAGGCCAACCUAUCCAACGAAGGCGACAACACUAUCGGCCAUGGAGAAGCCGUUCAGAAAACCAAGGAUGCUCAACAAGUGCUUCUCGACAAACAGUCAAAUCUCAACCGUGAGCAAUACAGAUUGCAGUCGCAGGUUCAAAACGCAAGCACGCAGUUGCGACAUGCCCAAAGCAGCCUCAAUCACUUGUUGGACCACGCAACUAGCCGCGGUUUAGAGACCUUGCAACGUCUGAAGGAAAGGCACAACUUGACCGGCAUCUAUGGUACGGUGGCAGAUCUGAUCCAGGUUCCCGCACCUUAUAAGAUCGCCACAGAGAUAGCUGCGCAGGCGUCACUGUUCCACGUUGUUUGCGACACCGACGAGACUGCAGCGAAGUGCAUCUCGUUACUCAACAAGGAGAAGGGGGGUCGUCUCACUUUCAUGGCGCUGAACCGCGUCAGCCCACGGAACACACAGAUUCCUCAAACCGCUGAUGCGCAGCCAUUGCUACCAAAACUUCGAUACGAUCCCAGGUUCGAGAAAGCUAUUAAGCACGUAUUUGGCAGAGUUGUCGUUUGUCCAGAGCUCAGCAUCUGUCAGAGCCUUGUAAGAACGCAUGAAGGAGUCCUGGCCCUCACCCCAGACGGCGAUCGAGCACAUAGGAAAGGUGGAUACCAUGGUGGAUACUUCGAUCCCAGCAAGUCCAAGAUCGACGCAUACAAUAAGGCUGCCGAUCUGAGAUCGCAAGUCGAGGAACUGGAAACUCGUGAAAGCGAGAUCAGGGAUGAGCUAGACAGCCUUCGACAACAGGUCACCGCUGCGGCAAGCGAGGUUCGCAAGGCUGAGUACCAAAAGAACCAUGCUGAAGACAGCUACAUCCCAAUGAGGCAGCGAUUACGCGCAAAACAAGCAGAGUUGCAGCAAAAGAAAGACCGACUCGAGCGUUUCCAGCGAAACGCAACGCAGAUUGCGCAAGACAUCAACAAUCUUGCCAGUCAGCAAAGUGACCUUGAGGCGGAGCUUGCAUCCGAUUUCAAGAAGGCGCUGACAAGGGACGAGGAAGAGCAGCUGCAGAGUCUAGGUGGGACCAUCAGAGAAUUGAACAAACAAGUCGCUGAGAUCACAUCGCAACGAUCCGACCUGGAGAGUCGAAAGGCGGAGAUUGAGGUCGAACUUCGCGAGAGCCUGCGACCAAGGCUUGACCAACUGCUGGCUCAACAAAGCGGCUCAGGCAAUGGCGGAAACCAGUCGACACGGUUGAAGGAAGUUCAGCGCCAACUCAAGGCUGUCGAUAGGACGAUUACAGACCUAGACCGGCAAAUACAUGAGCUGGAGAGCUCACGCGACGAAGCCAGCUCGCAGCUCACAGAGCUGGAAGCCUCGAGGGCCGAGAAAGAGCAAGUGAAUCGCAAGAUCGCAAAAGCCAUAGAAAACCACCAAGGCAACUUGGAUAAGAACAUGCAGAAGCGCGCCGAGCUAAAGAAGCAACUGGAUGAGGUUCAGCGAGAUCUUCGUGAUCUCGGUACGCUGCCUGAAGACAUCUACCGCCGGUACGCCAAGUGGUCUGAAGACAAGCUCGCCAGCGAACUCGAGAAGGUCAAUAAGGCCCUCCGGAAGUUCAAGAACGUCAACAAGAAAGCCUUCCAACAAUACGAAGACUUCACCAAGCGCCGCGAACAACUAAUUCAACGCCGCGGCGAACUCAACACCUCACGCGAAUCCAUCGAGAAUCUCAUCGAAGUGCUGGACCAGCGCAAAGACGAGGCCAUCGCGCGCACGUUCAAGCAAGUCUCCAAAUACUUCUCUGAAGUCUUUGUGCAACUCGUGCCCGCGGGCAAAGGACGGCUUAUCAUCCAGCGGCGCUCCGACCGCGAAGCGCGCCGUGGCGAAGACGACGCUGAAGAAGACGCUCGACGAGCCAAAGGCGCCUCGGUGGAAAAUUACACGGGCGUCGGCAUCGCCGUGUCCUUCAACUCAAAGCACGACGAGCAGCAGCGCAUCCAGCAGCUUUCCGGCGGCCAGAAGGCGCUAUGCGCACUCGCCCUUGUUUUCGCGAUCCAGCAGUGCGACCCGGCGCCUUUCUAUCUCUUUGAUGAGAUCGAUGCGAAUCUCGACGCGCAGUACCGCACUGCUGUCGCAGAGAUGCUGCGGAAAUUGUCCGGUAAGGGCGGGGAGAGCGGCGAGGGCGGAGGCCAGUUCAUCUGCACUACAUUCAGGCCCGAGAUGGUGCAGGUGGCGGAUAAGUGCUAUGCUGUCAGUUUUGUGAAUGCGAGUAGUAGGAUUGAUGUGUUUGAUAGGGAGGGGGCGUUGGAUUUUGUGGAAACGAGUCAGAGGCCGGGAGCUUAG